AUGACUUUGAAAGUCUAUAUAACAAAUAUAACUAGUAAUCAAGUAACAAUUGGUAAUCAACGAAAAUUAAAACAUAUUCUUGAUACAAAUAAAAUCGGUUAUAUCGAAAUUGAUAUAAGUGAUCCAAAAAAUACCAAUGACAAAGAAUUUUUACAACGUACAUUAUCAUUAUCAAAUCAGAAGAUGAUUUUACCAUAUAUAUUUAAUGGUGAAGAAUAUUGUUGUGAUUUUGAAGGUUUAAUCUCAGCUGUGGAAUCUAAUACACUUAAAGAAAUGUUAAAAUUAGAUGAAGAAGAAGGUGAAGAAGAAAAUAACCAUAAAAAUGGACAUUGA